AUGACCAAAAGUCUACCGACAGAAAUUGUCAAACCAAAGCAAAUUUAUUACAUUCCGCUGUUUUAUAUGACAGCAGUGCAACCACCCGCUUACGAGUGGUCUGCAACGCUUCAUACUGCACAUCAAACAUCGUUGAAUGAUCACAUGCUCAUUGGCCCUAAACUUAAAAGGGAUUUAGCUACUGUCUUAAUGCAGUGGCGCCAAUACCAUUAUGUGUUUACAGCCGAUAUCGCCAAAAUGUAUCGGCAAAUCUUAGUUGAUUCCCGAGACACCGACUAUCAGCGCAUUGUAUGGCAACCUAUCCUCGGCGGACCAAUCACCGAUUACCGCCUUUUUACCGUUACUUACAGCACAGCCGCUUCCUACUUAGCCCUUCGAGUCUUAGAACAACUCAUAGAUGAAGGUGCCGAAUUUCCGCUCGCGAUUCUCGUUUUACGUCAUCAGAUAUACAUUGACGAUUGCGCUUUUGGCGCCGACCAGAUUGAAUUCUUGUUCAAACGCGCGAUCAAUUAA